AUGGAAUACAGCAUAGCAGAACCAUCUGUAGUCCAACUCUCGAUCUCUUUGAUACUAGCUGCAACAAUCUACAACAUAACCCUUCAUCCGCUCUCCAAAUAUCCAGGACCGAAGUUGCGUGGCGCUUUCUGGAUUUCCAACUCUUUCGACAUACUCGCUGGGACCGUUCCGCACAGCUGUCUGAAGCUUCACGAACAGUAUGGAGAUGUCGUCCGCAUAAACCCGAAUACAAUCUCAUUUGUCAAGCCUGAAGCGUGGCGAGAUGUGUACGGUUAUGGCACCACUACGCCGCUUCUCAAAGACCCUAAGUUCUACUAUCGUCCGCCGACCGAUAUAAGCUCCGCCAACAAUUCGGACCAUGCUCGAAUCCGCCGACCUCUUAAUCACGCCUUCUCCGAGCAAGCUCUCCGAAGCCAGGAAAGUAUCAUCACCUCAUACAUCAAUCUCUUGAUCGAGAAGAUACGCCAACUAGCCGACUCUCAAACCUCUGUCGAUAUCGCGCGCUGGUUGAACUUUACGACAUUUGAUAUAAUCGGCGACCUGACGUUUGACGAAUCGUUCGGCGCACUAGAUAAAGAAAUGUAUAACUCUUGGAUGGUCAAUCUUUUUAAAGCCUUGAGAUUCGCUGGUAUCGUUCACAUCAUUAAGCGCUAUCCCAUCGUCGGAGUUCCUGCGACGCACUUGUUGAAGUGGAUGCCUGCAUUGGCGAAAGCAGAGUUCGAGCAUAACAACUUCACCGAAGAGAAGACUGCAAGGAGGUUGGCAUCCAAAACUGAGCGUAAAGACAUUCUCAGUUAUGCCGUCAAAAACAUCAAGGGGGAAGUAACGGAUCUGGAGCUCAAGCAUACUUGUGGCACUAUCAUACUCGGAGGUAGCGAGACUUCUGCAACGCUUCUGAGUGGUGCAAUUUACCACCUUCUCAAAAACCCAGCUUGGAUGGAGAAGCUCCAUCGAGAGCUCGCAGCUACUUUCAAAUCCGAAAGCGAAAUCUCCUUUGCAUCUUUGAGCCAGCUCAAAGUCCUCAACGCUGUCAUCCAAGAGACCUUCCGAAUCUAUCCCCCGGCACCAUCAGCGCUUCCUCGCGUAUUACCACCUGCUGGGGCGGAAGUCUGUGGCGAUGCUCUACCACCUGGCACGCAAGUCGGUAUCUCGCAAUAUGCCAUGUACCAUACUUCGUCUCACUUUACUGAUCCCAAAGUGUACGCACCAGAACGCUUCCUCGGCGCUGAAAAAUAUGCAAAGGACAGGCGUCACGUCAUUCAACCCUUCAGCGUAGGGCCAAGGAACUGCAUCGGCCAGAAUCUCGCAUGGGCAGAGAUAAGAAGCAUUCUAGCGAGAUUGGUAUGGCAUUUCGAACUCGAGUUGCUUAAACCAGAAAAGAGGUGGGACGAUCAAAAGGUUUUUGUGCUAUGGCAAAAACCAAGCUUGAUGGUGAAGCUGAGAGCUAGGAAUCCUGGGUCGUAA